ACAUUAGCAAAAAAAUGCCCUCUAUAAGUUAUGCAAUAAUACAGCCACCAAAUCCAAAAAUACUUAAAGUUGCUAUUAUGGGUGCUCCUAACGCAGGCAAAUCAACACUGCUGAAUUCACUACUUGGUGAAACUGUUUCCAUAGUAUCGGACAAAGCACAUACAACUCGGCAACGUACGGCCGCAAUACUAACAGAAGGAAGCUACCAGAUAAUAUUUCUCGAUACGCCAGGGGUAGUCUCAGGAAAAAAUAAGCAUCGAUUUAAUAGAGAGCUUGUUAACGCGGCAUGGCAUACACUGCAAGAAGCUGACCAUUUGCUGGUUGUCGUUGAUGCAUUCAGAGCAUCAACAAAAUCUACAUACACUGAAGAAACUAUGUUUGAUCGUUUGAAUCGGUAUAGCAUUCCCGCCACAUUGUGUUUUAACAAAAUUGACAUGUUGGCAAACCAAAGAGACCAAGAUAAAUUGAGUCAGAAAUAUCAUCAUCUAUACAACAAUAUCAAAGGGACCCUAUUUAUUUCUGCAUUACAUCUGGAAAAUGUGAAUGAACUCAAGGCGAAACUUUUCUCUUAUGCUUACUCCCACAAAUGGCUCUAUUCACCAUCCCAAAAAGUCGAUAUGAGUGAAAUAAGGCGAAUUGAGGAAUUCAUACGUGCAGAAUUUUUUGACAGAUUUUAUGAUUAUAUUCCAUAUAUGAUUAAGCUUAAUAAUUUAUGGAUGGAAGAACAGGAUGAUGGUAGGCUUAAAAUAGUGGAAGAAGUACAAUUGGAAAGGGAUUCUCAAGAGAAAAUAGUGGUAGGUAAAAAUGGAAAUGUAAUCAAAGAGAUUACAACUUCUGCAAAAUCAAAUAUCGAACGUGCAUUAGGAAAGUCUGUUGAUUUGUAUCUAAAAGUUAGGGUAGAAAAGAAAAAGGGUUAA